ACAGCGGCGUUGACGGGAGACAGCAGGAGAGAGUGUGUGUGUCUCCGACUGCGGUGCCCAGCGGAGGAAUAUUUGAGCUUUUUAUUUACUCUGCAGCUUGUUGUUCAUUUCUCUGCGUUAUGGUGAACUUGGACAGUCACGUGUGAACAUCUCUGCAAACACAGAGGACGACGACUUCGCACCUGGUGUGUCCCUUUGACUUUACCGCGAGGAGAAUAUACCUGCCAUUUUUGUGAUAGCUGUCAUCGCUGGACUCCUUCCACUCCUGUGACGGACAACAACAGCAAGUUCUCUCCCUUAGGGAUGAAAUAUGCACACUGUGCGCCCGUAGAAAACAGCAGACGACACACACUGUAAAGACCAAAGUGGUUUUAAAUCAUGAUGAUGCAGGAGUCGGCCACAGAGACAAUAAGCAACAGUUCAAUGAGUCAAAAUGGAAUGAGCACCCUAAGCAGCAGCCAAUUAGAGGCUGGCAGUAGAGAUGGGAGAUCAAGCGCUGGUGACACGAGCAGCGAAGUAAGCACAGUCGAGCUGCUGCAUCUGCAACAACAGCAGGCCCUACAAGCAGCGAGGCAAUUACUCUUGCAGCAGCCAGGCAGUGGCCUGAAAUCUCCAAAGAGCCAGGACAAGCAGCGUCCACUGCAGGUUCCAGUGUCAGUGGCCAUGAUGAGUCCCCAGGUGAUCACGCCGCAACAGAUGCAGCAGAUCCUCCAGCAGCAGGUGCUCUCCCCCCAGCAGCUCCAGGCCCUGCUCCAACAGCAGCAGGCCGUCAUGCUGCAGCAGCAACACCUGCAGGAGUUUUAUAAGAAACAGCAGGAGCAGCUUCACCUGCAGCUCCUCCAGCAGCAGCACCCCGGCAAGCAGGCUAAAGAGCAACAGCAGCAGCAGCAGCAGCUGGCCGCCCAGCAGCUCGUCUUCCAGCAGCAGCUCCUGCAGAUGCAGCAGCUCCAGCAGCAGCAGCACCUGCUCAACAUGCAGCGGCAGGGCCUGCUGUCGCUGCCCGGGCCCGCCCCCGGACAGGCCGCCCUGCCCGGACAAACCCUGCCCCAGCCAGCUGGCCUGAGCCCCGCUGAGCUGCAGCAGCUGUGGAAGGACGUGACCGGAGGCGGCGGUCACGCCAUGGAGGACAACGGCAUCAAACACAGCAACAGCGGCAACGGAGGAGGCGGCGGUUUAGACCUCUCCACCAACAACUCUUCCUCAACUACCUCCUCCUCCAACCCCGCCAAAGCUUCACCGCCCAUCUCCCACCAUUCCAUCGCCAACGGACAGUCCCCCGGCCUCAACCACAGAAGAGAGAGGGAACGGGAACGGGAAAGGGAGCGGGAGAGUUCACUACAUGAAGAAAAUGGAGGCACCCACCCCCUGUACGGCCACGGUGUGUGCAAGUGGCCCGGAUGCGAGAACAUCUGCGAGGACUUCGGACAGUUUUUGAAGCACCUAAACAGUGAACACGCCCUGGAUGACCGGAGCACGGCCCAGUGUAGAGUCCAGAUGCAAGUCGUACAGCAGCUGGAAAUACAACUUUCUAAAGAACGUGAGCGUCUUCAGGCGAUGAUGGCCCACUUGCACAUGCGGCCCUCGGAACCCAAGUCAUCUCCCAAACCACUCAACUUGGUGUCCAGCGUCACCAUGUCCAAGAACCUGCCCUCGGCAUCGCCCCCCAACUUACCUCAGACGCCCACCACGCCCACAGCUCCCAUCACGCCCAUGACGGCCAUGCCCCAGGUGCCGUCAGUACUGGGAGGAGCCAACGUCCCCAGCAUGGGAGCCAUGCGCAGACGCCACUCGGACAAAUACUCCAUGCCUCUGUCGUCAGAGAUCGCCCCAAACUACGAGUUUUAUAAAAACGCAGAUGUCAGACCGCCAUUUACUUAUGCAACCCUCAUAAGACAGGCUAUCAUGGACUCUGCCGACAUGCAGUUAACGCUUAAUGAAAUCUACAGCUGGUUCACACGCACGUUCGCCUACUUCAGACGCAACGCUGCGACUUGGAAGAACGCCGUGCGCCACAACCUCAGUCUGCACAAGUGCUUUGUGCGCGUGGAGAACGUGAAGGGGGCGGUGUGGACGGUGGAUGAGAUGGAGUACCAGAAACGCAGGUCGCAGAAGAUCACAGGAAGCCCAUCACUUGUGAAGAACCUGCCCAGUCUCGGCUACGGAUCGGCACUAAACGCCAGUUUACAGGCUGCCCUGGCAGAGACCUCCCUGCCCUUGCUGGGGACCCCCGGCCUCAUGAACAGCGGCUCCACGGGCCCCAUGGGAGGCAGCUGCCACGGCCUCCUCGGCGGCGACCCGUCCAUCCUGACGGGCGGCAGUCCGCCUGGAUAUUUGGGCGGGAGUCCACCCGGGCUGUUGGGAGGCAGCCCCCCAGGUAUGCUGGGUUGCAGCCCCCCUACCCUGCUGCAGUCAGCCCACGAGGGACUCAACGGCGCCUUCGACCACCUGGACACCAACGGACACAGCAGCCCCGGAUACUCCCCCCCAGUACACAUGCCACAGAUUCACGUGAAGGAGGAGCCGCUCAACAUGGACGACGAGGACUGUCCGAUGUCACUGGUGACGACAGCCAAUCACAGUCCAGAGCUGGACGACGACCGGGAGCUGGAGGAAGGGAACUUAUCAGAAGACCUGGAGUGACUAGGAUACCGUUUUUGGCCGACGUAUCCCUCCGCCCCGCCGCACUGUUUCUCCCUCACAGACCUCCUGCUAGACUAAAGAAACCACUCCACCGUCCAAGCAAACCCACAGCUGACUCUCUCUGUGUCUCUCUGACUAUUUAUUGAGCAUGCGUCCGGAUGGAGACUGGUCCAAAGGAACUCUUUGUCGCAGCCCUUUGGGAACACGACAGGCAUGAAAUGUCUGAUUCAAAAGAAAAACUUCAUUAGAGACGGCCACGUACAGUACGAGGACGAUGGACUCAUGGAUACCGGGAGAAGAAAAAAACAAAUCACAUUCUGUUGAAGCUAGCGGCCUCAUAUACUGCCAAAAAGGAAGACGUUUUAUGUUUGUGAAUAAUCCAAACCCCUCCCUCCAGUAGUUGUUCAUGUCUAGAGACGAUUGCUGGUUCAAUUCAAGUUGUUGCUCUGUUUUCAUUUGCACAGGAGUAGUCUCAGAACCCCGUGUCACUGCCUGUAUGUUGCUACGAUUAUGAAUAACAGUAUAUUAUUUUUAGCUUCUUUUCUUUUUAAACCAUGGUUAAUUUCCAAAUCUGACACCACCAACUGUAAAUGCCAUUCCCUGAAUCACACACCGGAAAUCUGCGGAACCAAGACUGUUGUUGCAGCUGUCCAAAAAAAAAAAGAGAAAAAACAAAGUUGGCUUCCAGUCGAUUAUCUGUUGUGGUUAGAAGUAAAAAGAAAACUGGAAAUUAAGUUGGGGGUAAAAAUACUAGUUUGUAUAAAGCACCAUUUACAAAACAGAUGCAUCAUUUUCCUCUUGCUGUCCUCUUUACCUCCUCGUUCUAAAGCUUUGUCUACCUGCAAACAGUCACAGGCAACAGCUAGAAACCAAAGCCAACACUAGCAAUGGCCAAUAGCUUAUAGACAGAAGCCGCCAAACUCCUCUUGGUCCGUCUUCUGCGACUUUAAACUCGUACAAAGAGAAGCUUUCGUUCCGCAAACUACCUUCGAAUAACCUCUGGGAUUGUUUCAUUUAGCCCUAUACAAAGAUGAUCACGAGACAGAAAGAGAGAGGGGGAAAUAAAUGCUGAUUUUGAUGUGUAAUUUGAUAAACUCAUAGAGCGUCCACUUUGGAGAUUUUCUGCCAGACGUACUGUAGCUAUAAAAAAAAGGUGAUGUGAUGUUGCAGGCAUUUAGUGCUGGUGACUGGUAGAGAGCAGCUAACUGUAAAAGUGGAUCAUGACCAAAACAAAACAUUUGUGUGUUCAAUGGAAGUGCAGAAACAUUGUGUUGUUGUGAAGUUUCUUUUGCAUUACACCUUUUUCUCUUUUUUUAUUUCCAUGAUUUUUUUCUAACCUGGUGAAUUUGUAAUGUUCUAAGUGGGACUGUCAAAAUAAUGUCACGUCUUAUUUUCCGUGGCGGUUUUUCCGAGGCCGCGUCGAAAAACUGAAAACAUCACUAACCAAACAUGAAAAAUAUCUAGUGAAGCCAAAUAAGUCAUAAUUUCAAGUUGAUAUGAAAUGGCUUGGUUACCAUGUGAAAGCAAAUAAUAAUAGCCAUUUCAGAAGAGGAGAUCGGAGGUGAGGAUUUGCUUUAACGUCAUCAAUACUCAUCGUGUGGUUCAUAGCUUCGAAACUAUAUAGAUACACCCGGUGUCGGCACUGAUGUACUCUGUAUGGGUAACCAGCUUUUUAUAACACACUUGGUAUUUAUAGAGACUAAAGAAAUAUAGUGCAUCCCAUCAUAUCCCUCACGGUCAUCUAGAAAAGUGUUGUUGCUUUAAAGGUCAUUUCUGUUUUCAGUAAACCAAAGUUACACAAAA